UUGGGCUGAGCCGCCGGGGCGGGGCUGGCCGAGGCGCUGCGCGUCCCCCGCCGCGGCUCCACACCCGCUAUAAGAGCCGAGCCGAGCCGAGCCGCGCUCCGCUGCGCUCCGCAGUGCAUGGCCGUGCCUCGCCCGCCGCACCGCGGCUCCGCCGGGACCCUCCCCCGGGCCGGCCCCGGUGUCCCGGCGCGCCCCCUCCCAGCCGCAGACAUCCUUGACCUUGCUCUUCGGGAGCGGGAGCCGCGGAGCCGGCGGUGCGGGGCUGCGUUGGGAUGCGUUAGCCGGCGGAUCGCACAGAGGUAUUCCUGCUGGGAAGCAGAGGCAGCCUCCUCCCGCUGAAGGGGGCGCGGAAGAGGAUUUAAAGAGCAUCUUUGCCCCCUUUGUUGGAUGAGAAGGGCAGAGGAGGGACCAGCAAGAUGAGCACUAGCACAGUUCCCUACCAGCAGAACCCCUACACCCCCGGGAGCAGCUCCACCGUCAUCCAGUGCUACCGCUGCGGGGACACCUGCAAGGGCGAGGUGGUGCGAGUGCAGAGCAACCACUUCCACAUCCGCUGCUUCACCUGCCAAGUGUGCGGCUGCGACCUGGCCCAGUCUGGCUUCUUCUUCAAGAACCAGGAGUACAUCUGCACGCACGACUACCAGCAGCUCUAUGGGACCCGCUGUGACAGCUGUGGGGACUUCAUCACUGGAGAGGUCAUCUCUGCCCUGGGCAGGACCUACCACCCCAAGUGCUUCGUCUGCAGCACGUGCAGGAAGCCGUUCCCCAUUGGAGACAAGGUCACGUUCAGCGGGAAGGACUGCGUGUGCCAGAACUGCUCCCACUCCCUCAUCAGCACCAAACCCAUCAAGAUCCACGGGCCCAGCCACUGUGCAGGCUGCAAGGAGGAGAUCAAGCAAGGCCAGUCCCUCCUGGCCCUGGAGAAGCAGUGGCACGUCAGCUGCUUCAAGUGCCAAACGUGCGGGAUCAUCCUCACCGGCGAGUACAUCAGCAAGGAUGGCAUCCCUUACUGUGAGUCCGACUACCAUGCCCAGUUCGGCAUCAAGUGCGAGACCUGCAACAGGUACAUCAGCGGCAGGGUCCUGGAGGCAGGAGGGAAGCACUACCACCCCACCUGCGCCAGAUGUGUCCGCUGCCACCAGAUGUUCACGGAAGGAGAGGAGAUGUACCUCACAGGCUCUGAAGUGUGGCACCCCAUCUGCAAGCAGGCGGCCAGAGCAGAGAAGAAGCUAAAGCACAGAAGGACAUCAGAAACCUCCAUCUCACCCCCUGGUUCCAGCAUCGGCUCCCCGAACCGUGUCAUCUGUGCUAAAGUGGAUAAUGAGAUCCUUAAUUACAAAGACCUGGCAGCUCUUCCCAAGAUUAAAGCCAUCUAUGAAGUGCAGCGUCCUGACCUCAUUUCCUACGAGCCCUAUCACAGAUACACGUCGGAUGAGACACUGGAGAGAUAUAGCUAUGGGGAGUCCCUGGGAACCCUCUCCCCGUACUCGCAGGACAUCUAUGAGAGCUUUGACACACGGCAGAGGCGAGCCUCCAGCCCUGGCUACAUCGACUCCCCCACCUACAGCCGCCAGGGCAUGUCCCCAACCAUCCCGAGGUCCCCACACCAUUUCUACCGCUCAGGCACCGAGAGCGGGCGCAGCUCCCCCUACUAUAGCCAGUUAGAUGUGAGGUCCUCCACUCCAACCUCAUACCAAGCGCCCAAGCAUUUCCACAUCCCAGCUGCCGGCGAGAGCAACAUCUACCGGAAGCCCCCCAUCUAUAAGCGGCACGACAACCCCCCUGCAGCCACGAAAAGCAAAACCAGCGAAGACAUCGCACAGUCAUCCAAGUACAGCCCUGCCUACUCCCCGGACCCGUACUACCACUCGGAGUCAGAGUACUGGUCCUUCCAAAGCUCUCCCAAAGCUCCUCGAGCCCGAAGGUUCUCAUCUGGAGGCGAGGAGGAUGGGUACGACCGGGGCAUGCACAAGAUCCAGAGCGGCAUCGGCCGGCUGAUCCUGAGGGAGGAGAUGAAGGCUCGGUCCAACUCCUAUGCAGACCCCUGGACACCCCCUCGCAGCUCGGCCAGCAGCAGAGAAGCCCUGCACACAGUUGGCUAUGAGGGCUCCCUCAACGGCUCUCCCCGGAUGCACUACCUGGCUGACAGUGAUCCCCUCAUUUCUAAGUCGGCCUCCCUCCCUGCCUACAGGAGGAAUGGGCUGCACCGGCCUCCCAGUGCCGAGCUUUUCCACUACGACAGCACGAAUGCCGUCAACUGGGGGAUGCGAGGUAAGGCCAUAUACCCCUACGAGCUGCUCUUGGUGAAGACGAGGGGAAGGAACCAGCUGCCCAAAGAUGUGGACAGGACUCGGUUAGAGCAUCCCGUCUCUCCCCAGCGGCACCUCUCCCAAGAGGAGUUCUACCAGAUCUUCGGCAUGACCAUCGCCGAGUUCGACCGCCUGGCGCUGUGGAAGAGGAACGAGCUGAAGAAGCAGGCCCGGCUGUUUUAAAUGCAGUGCACUAUAAAUAUAUACAUACCUAUAAAUAUAUACAUAGAAAGAUCUCUA